AUGCCUCCCACCGACGAACAUAUAAACUACACCACACAAUGGGUCACCAUUCCGCUGAUCACUGCUUCCGAUAAUGCGGCAACUUUACCCCAAGCUGUGUCUCCUACACAUCGCCGCUCCUCCUUACCUACCCACUUAGGUCCAUGGCCGCUGAAGCGCUCGCUCAGCGAAGACGACUGUGUACGCAUCACACCUGUCGCUCCACCCUCGACAGAUCACUCGACCGCGGUGAAAGUUCAUCCUGGCGACCAUCGACCCAGCCUGGCUUCAGUGCUCGCCCGCAUUGAUGAGGAAUGCCAAACUGUUGAUCGAGCACUUAAGAUCGAAGCUGCGCUGAGAAGUGGUUUCACAGGGGCAGAUGACCGUGUCAGUCGCAAGCAGGCCGAUGGGAACGCGGACGUUAAUCAGAAGCUGGGGAAUGCGCUCAUGAUCAUCCUGGCUGCGUCGGCAGUCUGCAUUUUCAUCUCGGCGCCAGUGUUGACAGCAGCUUUUGCGCCAGCUGUUAAAGGAAAGAUCAUGCUACCAGCCGAAGCGGCGCCCAAGUCCAUCUUUGGGCUUCUUUUAGGCGUUCUGGCAAUGGCCGUGGGAAUGGUAAUCGCUAUAGCCUUUGCUGCGCUGCUGGCUGUGUGCAAAGGGUGGAAGCUACUAGCGAUCCGAAAUGCAGUCACCACCGGCGCCACGACAGCAGUAGCAGGGUCAGCAUUGACUGCUUGGGUACUGGUUUGGGUUUUACCAAUCGUCAGUCAUGCUUGA